CAAAUUACACAACGAUCAUUCGUAACUUCGUUUCAACACUACCUCUCUCUCUCGUCUUCUCCCAUAGGCUAGGGUUCGGGGUCCCAUUUUUUCUUCAAGAUUAAAUUCUGAGUAAUUCUGCGGUGACAUUCAUGGCUGCGACAAUGUUGAGUUCCGCGGGAGGGCUUUUGGCGAUGCUGAACGAGGCGCACCCAUCGCUCAAGCUCCACGCGCUCUCCAACCUCAACAAUCUGGUCGACAACUUUUGGCCAGAGAUCUCCACCAGCGUUCCUGUCAUAGAAAGUUUGUAUGAAGAUGAAGAAUUUGAUCAACAUCAGAGACAACUUGCUGCCCUACUUGUGUCUAAGGUCUUCUAUUACUUGAGUGAGCUUAACGAUGCGUUAUCAUAUGCUCUUGGAGCCAGUUCUUUAUUUGAUGUGUCAGAGGAUUCUGAUUAUGUUCAUACACUUCUUGCUAAAGCUAUUGAUGAAUAUGCCAGUCUUAAGACUAAGGCAGCAGAAUCAAAUGCUGAAUCAGCAAAGGUGGACCCUAGAUUGGAGGCAAUUGUGGAGAGAAUGCUGGAUAAGUGUAUUGCUGAUGGAAAAUACCCACAAGCUAUGGGUAUUGCAAUUGAAUGCCGGCGAUUGGAUAAACUUGAGGAAGCAAUCACAACGAGUGAUAAUGUUCAAGGCACUUUAUCUUAUUGCAUUAAUGUCUCUCAUUCCUUCGUUAAUCUUAGAGAAUAUCGACACAAGGUACUUCGUCUCCUCGUUCAAGUGUAUCAAAAGUUGUCUUCUCCUGAUUAUUUGAGUAUAUGUCAGUGUCUUAUGUUCUUGGACGAACCUGAAGCUGUUGCAAUUAUAUUGGAAAAGCUUCUCCGCUCUGAAAACAAGGAUGAAGCUCUUUUGGCACUUCAAAUAGCUUUCGAUCUUGUAGAAAAUGAAUGCCAAGCAUUUCUCUUAAAUGUGAGAGAUCGCCUUUCAAUUCCCAAGACUCAACCUUCAGAACCAGUGCAGCCUGGAUCUGUUGAACCAGAUGCUUCUCAGAAUGAAAAUCCUACUGCUCCAGAGGAUGUUCAGAUGACUGACAGGAGUACUGCAUCUAAUUUGAGUGUGCGUGAACUCAAUCCAAGUGAAGUAAUAUAUGCUGAGAGGUUGACCAAAAUUAAGGGAAUUUUGUCAGGAGAGACAUCAAUACAGUUGACACUUCAAUUCUUGUACAGCCAUAACAAAUCAGAUCUUCUUAUUCUUAAGACAAUUAAGCAGUCUGUUGAGAUGAGAAAUAGUGUCUGUCAUAGUGCAACAAUUUAUGCUAAUGCAAUUAUGCAUGCUGGAACAACAGUGGAUACAUUUCUAAGGGAAAACCUAGACUGGCUGAGCAGAGCCACAAACUGGGCUAAGUUUAGUGCGACUGCUGGUCUUGGAGUUAUUCACAGAGGCCACCUACAACAGGGGAGGUCACUGAUGGCACCUUACUUGCCUCAGGGUGGGGCUGGUGGUGGUGGUGGCAGUCCAUACUCAGAAGGUGGAGCUCUUUAUGCUCUGGGUCUUAUACAUGCCAACCAUGGUGAGGGCAUCAAACAAUUCCUUCGUGAUAGCCUACGCAGUACUAAUGUGGAGGUAAUCCAACAUGGUGCAUGCUUAGGUCUUGGUUUGGCAGCUCUAGGAACCGCGGACAAAGAUAUUUAUGAUGACAUUAAAAAUGUUCUCUACACUGAUAGUGCUGUUGCUGGUGAAGCUGCAGGCAUCAGUAUGGGUUUACUCAUGGUUGGAACUGCGAGUGAGAAGGCAAGUGAGAUGCUUACUUAUGCACACGAGACACAACAUGAGAAGAUCAUACGGGGUUUAGCAUUGGGAAUAGCCCUUACAGUCUACGGAAGAGAAGAAGAAGCAGACACACUAAUUGAGCAGAUGACUCGUGAUCAGGAUCCUAUAUUACGUUAUGGUGGUAUGUAUGCAUUGGCACUGGCCUAUAGGGGAACAGCAAACAACAAAGCCAUUCGGCAGCUGCUCCACUUUGCUGUAUCGGAUGUGAGUGAUGAUGUCAGGAGGACUGCUGUUCUAGCACUUGGGUUUGUCCUGUACUCUGAGCCAGAACAGACUCCUCGAAUUGUCUCCCUGCUGUCUGAGUCUUACAACCCUCAUGUUCGAUAUGGUGCGGCACUUGCAGUGGGCAUUUCCUGUGCUGGUACUGGCCUGAGUGAGGCUAUAUCUUUGCUAGAGCCUUUGAUGUCAGAUGUUGUUGAUUUUGUUCGUCAAGGUGCCCUCAUUGCAAUGGCUAUGGUUAUGGUCCAGAUUAGUGAAGCCAGUGAUUCUCGUGUUAGAACUUUCAGGCGACAAUUGGAGAAAAUAAUACUUGAUAAGCAUGAAGACACCAUGAGCAAGAUGGGUGCAAUCUUGGCCUCUGGGAUUCUGGAUGCAGGUGGAAGGAAUGUGACCAUAAGAUUGCUUUCCAAGACAAAGCAUGAUAAAGUCACAGCGGUUGUUGGUCUAGCAGUUUUCAGCCAGUUUUGGUACUGGUACCCCCUUAUUUAUUUCAUAAGCUUGUCAUUCUCGCCAACUGCUUUUAUUGGACUGAAUUAUGACCUCAAAGUCCCAAGGUUUGAGUUCUUAUCACAUGCAAAGCCAUCACUUUUUGAAUAUCCUAAACCAACAACUGCACCAACGACUACUUCCACUGUAAAACUGCCCACUGCAGUUCUGUCAACGUCAGCAAAGGCGAAAACUAGGGCAAAAAAAGAAGCGGACCAGAAGGCUAAUGCUGAAAAGGCAUCAUCUGGGGCAGAGUCUUCAUCUGUUGGUCAAAAUGGUGUGAAAGGAAAAUCGUCUAGCGAGAGGGAUGGGGACUCUAUGCAGGUUGAUGGUCCAACAGAGAAGAAAUCCGAGCCUGAGCCUUCUUAUGAGAUUCUGACUAACCCUGCCAGAGUAGUUCCUGCACAGCAAAAAUUCAUUAAAUUUCUGGAAGAAAGUAGAUACGUGCCAGUAAAGUUGGCAUCUUCUGGGUUUGUUCUUCUUAGAGAUUUGCGUCCUACAGAACCUGAGGUACUGUCCCUUACGGACACUCCGGCAACAGCAGCAUCGGCUGCUGGUGGAGCGGCAACCGGACAGCAGGGUUCUGCAUCCGCCAUGGCAAUUGAUGAGGAACCUCAGCCUCCUCAACCUUUCGAGUAUAGUUCUUGAUUACGGUCUUGAUCCAUCUGUUUCAUUUUGGUGGUGAGUUUAUUUCAGUCUUUGAGAAACAUCAUUGUUCUGGCCAUGCCAAAAGUUAGAGUUUGCUGGCAAUUAAUCAAAAGAAGAGAAACAAGGAAUUCUUGUUUUUAAUGUGCGAUCCCUUUUUCUCUCUUGCAACUAACACGUCUUGUAUUUACGAUUUGAACAAUCUGUGUAUUUUACAGUUCAUUACGGUUGGUCAA